AUGGCGUUGGGUGCUUUCAAGAGCAGUUCGACGACUGCGUUCGUCUUUGUUGUGCUGUUGAUGCUUAUCGUUCUGCCCGGUAAAGCUGAAGCAUUUGGUGCUGGAAACAUCGCUUCUAUAUCCACCAUCGAAGGCAAGAAUUGGCGUCAUGGAGAUAUUGAGGACACCAUUCAAGCUCUUGCUUUCAUUCGUGGUCAUAAAUGGACCUCGGCCAUGAUUAAGCGUGUCUACUUUGGCAAUUGGCUGCGAGAUUACUCUCAAGCUAUGGAUGUUGGCACACUGAAGAAUCUGCAAGCUGACACUAUCCGGGUUCUUGUCUGGAUCCUCUCUUUCAUGACAUUUGGCUAUGCAACAGGGGAGUUUGAAGUUACUUCUGACAGACUCGGUGUUUAUCGCCCGGAAGAGCACAUUGACAAUCCCAAAGAUUACGCCGAUAACAACGACGCUAGACAAUAUGACAAGCGCCUACGCCCGCCCGUCCGCCAAAUUGAGUUAGACAUUGACCCCGAAACUGGAAUGAAGAAUUACAUUGCCAACGAAAAAGGCGACUGGGCCACAAGCGCCGCAUACAUCAAAUACAGUAUCUCUCGAAGUAUUCACUACGGCAGACUAUACACAAACGGCGGUAAUAACAAAGGCAAAGAAGAGGAUCUCUUCGAAGCCCUUAGGUGUCUGGGUCAAGGCCUCCAUACCCUAGAAGACUUCGGCGCUCAUUCCAAUUACUGUGAACUCGUUCUCCGAGAAAUGGGGUUCCACAACGUCUUUCCCCAUGUCGGUGUUGCUACAGAGAUCAACCUCCGUGGAAAACGCGUCUUCCCUCUUGUGACGGGCACAUUUGGAAUGGUGGAUUUCUUCCACUCUGUUCUCGGCGAGGCAAACGAUCAUUUCACCCAAUCCGAACUCAAUGAAGCUGAUAAUACUCUGCUUGGAGCUGAGUCAAAUACACAGUCCCCAGCUAUCAACGCGUUGACAGGACUUCUGGGCAAGGUCCCCGGUACAAAGGAGCUUAUUACGGAAGCCGAAGAGUUGCAGCGACGAUCGAACAUGCAGGCUGAGGCCAAUCGUAACCGACAUGUGCAUACUGGGUAUGCUACUUCUCGAGGAGUGGAUGGCUAUUCCACUCAAAGCUCUGAGCGGAGUAGAGAUCCUAGUGAUGAUUACCAGUCAAGCCACUAUGGACAAAGAGUGCCUAGAGGUGAUGACUAUGGGUCUGGUCAGUAUCAGCAGACCCGAGCCGCUGCAGGUGGCUAUCAAUCAAGUCAACCAAGCGGAGUAUCAGGUUUGCCGGAUAUCGACCCUCAAAAAACCGUUGAGCAGAUCUACCCUAUUCUCGAAUUCAGGGACAAAGUCGUGCGACGCAUCAGCUCGAUUGUCGAGAAGAUUCCUGGUUUGGAAUCGCUUAUUGACAAGAUCACCGAAACAGUGACGCUAUUUGUCUUUUCACUUCUAGCGCCCUUUAUUCGUCCUCUUAUCAAUGUGGCCUCCAAGUCCCUGCAAACAGGCUCGAUGGGAGUCAUUGAAUCCUCAGGAAAACAUCAAUACGAAGUCUGGGACGAUCCUCACUGCACGGAUCCCACCCAUUCCAUGCUGUCCAAGGACCACUUUGCCAACAUGCUCAACCAGCCAGCCGGCCAAGUUGCUGCUGCUAUUUUGAAAUACGUCGUCCCCCGUGUUGUGCAUGCAUGGGAACACAUCGAUACCCCUGUUGACCAAGUCACCCAUGAUUGUCUGAGAGUCUUCCAUCACCCCGCUGCCAGAGAUAUGCAUAAUGAAGCCCACAGCACGAUGUUCAAGGCAGUUGAGAGCUGGGUUCACUCUAGAUCUGACCGUGGUCAUAAUUUGAACGAUCUGCUCAGCGCCCAGAGCGUCAGAGCAGGAAAGAAUUUGACCAAAGAGGCCGCUACUACUGGCGGUGGUCACGGUCAUUCCCAUGGCGGCGGUGGGUUUCCUGCUGUCAGCGGUGGUCUCUUUGGAGCUGGUGCUGCCUCUUCACAUCAACAGCAUGGACAGAACCAACAGCAACAGCAUUCCUCCUCAGGAGCUCCAUGGGAAGAACUAUCGAAGCUGAACAUUAACAUUCCUGGAAUGUCUGAAGUCGCCAAUGUUGCUAAUAAACUCGGAGGGUUCUCAAAAUUCCUGUCAAGUACUGGUCUGACUCGCGACGCUCCUGAAGAGACGCCGGUACCAAGCCAUAACACAGGGUACGAACCACCGCAACAAUCAUAUCAAUAUGAGCAGCCGCAGCAUCAGCAGUAUCAACAUCAGCAAUCGGAGUAUCCUCGGAACCAACAAUACUCAGCACCGCCACCCCCACCUUCAAUUGGGAAUGAGAGGGGUAUCGUGAGCACCGAGAGCAUCGAGACCAUGAAGACCAGGAGAAUCGCCAUGGUCAUGGACACGGCCGUCACAAUGACUAUUAGACUGCACCAUACUUCUAGCUAG